GGGUGGGGCUGCCUUCACGUGGAUAGUUUUAAGGCUCAAAUGAAUUCUUUGGGCUUGGUUUCUCUCAAGGUCUCAGCGCUGCCUUCUGCUGUGUCAUCCUCAGUCUCAGGCUUCAAGAAGAGGCUUGAUGAGUUCACUGACCGCGUAUCAAGUUGUCUCAGUUUCUAGUCUAGUGCAAAAGAGCUGGACUUUUCCAGUCCCUCCGGCAAACGUGUUGCGAUUCUCUCAUUGGACCAGCUUUGGUCCUUGUGCCCAUCUCUGGACCAAUCCCUAAGACCAUGCCGAUACAGGGCUCUGAUUGGGCAGGCCUGGAGCAAGCCCCACCUCCUGGACAGACACUGGGAGGAGUGGAUCCGGAUCGCACAUUAUUCGGGGCUGUUACCGGAAGGGAGCGGGGGUGGUGGGACAGGCGACCACCUGUCCUCCCCAGGGUCAGAACAAGAGCCCAGAGAACAGGAAGAAUUGGCAAGCUUAGCAUAUAGGAAGAUUAUAUGCUGGAAAUGGGAUGAAGGAAGGGGCAGAGGGUCUCGGGGAUGGCCCCACUGCCAGGGGCAGAGCUGGUCCAGAGGCCGCUGCAGCUGUACCGGUACCUGCUGCGCUGUUGUCGGCAGCUGCCCACCAGGGGCAUCCAGGAGCAUUACAGACAUGCUGUCAGGCAGAGUUUUCGGGUUCACGCAGAUGAAGACAACCCUGAAAGAAUCCAGCAGAUUAUUAAAAGAGCCAUUGAAGAUGCCGACUGGAUCAUGAACAAAUAUAAAAAAGAAAACUGAGAGUCCACAGCCCAUAGAGACACUGGAAGUUGAGAGAACCCUUUUCUGCUGGAGCGAGUCACUGGCAGCAGUUUUGCACUAUCUGUUGGCCCUCCUGGCUGAGUGACCAGAAAUCAGGGGAGCAAGACACUGACUUUUGCACCGAUGGUUCUUUUCAACAUGGUCAUGUCUUCAGCACCCUUUAUGUUUGCCCCUUCAGCCACUUCUGAUGCAAGAUUUGGGGGGAAUGUUUUUCACUUUGCUGUGAAAGUGAUUAUUUUUUUUCUGGAGGUCUCUUAACCAUUCUUGGAGACCUGGAGCAGAUGUCCCCUCAGAUGGCAGCCUGUGCAGAGGAGAGAACAUGGGUUUUAGAACCAGAAAGAUCUGGAUUUGAAUCCCAGUUCAGCUGCUUUUCCAGGGUUGUACCUUCAAACUCAGUUUCCUCCUCUGCAAAAUGGGGAUCCUAGUGAUGUUGUUGUGAGGGUCAGAUAAGAUGAAGUCCCAGUGCUUAAUGUAGGAUAUGGGACACGGUGGUGCCAGUUCCCUCUGGGGAGCCACGCUACACCACUGCCUCCUCUGCUCCCACUGCACUCUGCGCAUCUCUGCUGCAGCACACAUCACGUCAUGUCAUAGUUAUUUAUUGACUUGUCCCCUGACAUGGAGAAGACUGGUGUGCUGUCCCUGCUUGCACCCAAGCACCCUCACAGCCAUGUGGUACCAUGCCCAGAAUCCGCAGGUGGCUGCUCUUCCCAGGCCACCCUUUCUCCAUGCCCAGGGGAGCAGGAGCCCUGGCCCUUGCCUUCAAGAAGUUUAAUAGUGUCCCUGAAAUGGUGACAUGGAAACUAACAAAACAAGGAAGAACGCCAAAGCAGAUACAAUAGAUGGCAGCUUGUUCAGGCUUCUGUAAACUGGAAAUCUGUCUUGGCUGGACCUUCCCUGCUUUGCUUCCUUCUUGGAAGGAAGAAGAGCAGCAGGGAAAGUCCAGGGAGAACUCCCCUGUCCUCCACCACCCAGCCCCAGGGGGAAGGCUUUGCAGGAGUCCUCACUGGCUGUGGUUCUGCCAUUGGGAUGCCUUCCUAGCAGAGACGGAAGGAAAUGGAGGGAUCUUAGCUCUUCUCGAGAGCCAGAACUGGUGAAGCAGUCAGAAGAUACAGAAAGAAGACAUGCUGGGAUUUGAGUUUAUUCCUUAAGGUCACUCAGCCAGAGGCAUGAGCUAGCAAGUCACGUCCUUGCAAUUACGUAACUCGAAGUGACUCAGGUACAACUCUAUGUACUCAACAGACUAACUUAAAUAAUGAAGUAAAUGUAUCAGUUUUUGAAAGCUGGUCUCUUCUUGAAUGAUAUUCUCAUUUAUUUCCCAAACAUAGAUUGUUCCCCUACUGUGUGCUGUCAUACUAGGUGCUGAAGGCUUGGACAUGAGUAAGACAUAAAGCUGCCCUGGAGGGCUCAUUCUUCUGAAGGGGAUGACCAGGCCCUCAUCCCACUGCUAGACAACUGAUGAGGUCACAUUUGCCCCAUCGGGGUGGAAGCAAGCUGAGGGGUUUCAGGCUGGU